AUGUUGAUUGCUUUUGAACAAGUAGAGGUUGAUUAUGUUUUGUUUAGGGAUGCCCCAAAACCUAUUAAACAAACCAAUGCUAUGAUUGAAAUUCCUAGUACUCCUAUUCCAGGGAAUAAAGAAUCCGGUACUAGUCCAAGGACCACUACUGUCAUUGUUAAUGAAUCUGAAAUCAGGAAAUUUGAUCAUGAUAAUAAGUUUGUUAGAGGUCAUCUUUUGAACAGCAUGAAAAACAAAAUAUUUGAUUUGUAUGUUAAUAUGAAAUCUUCAAAGGAGAUGUGGGAAUCUUUAGAAAAGAAAUAUGGUGCUGAUGAUGCUGGAAAAAAGAAGUAUGUGACUGGAAAUUGGUUGAACUUCAAAUUGGUUGAUACAAAGCCUAUCAUGGACCAGGUCCAUGUGUAUGAAAAUUAUGUUGCUGAGAUUCUUGCUCAAGGUAUGAAGAUGUGUGAAAUCCUUCAGGCCAAUGUUUUAAUUGAAAAAUUACCAGAUUCCUGGUCUGAUUAUCAAAAUCACCUCAAGCAUAAAAAGAGGGAUUUAACCCUAGAAGAACUUGUGAGCCACAUGAAGAUUGAGGAAGCCAAUAGGCUUAAGGAUGUUUCCUAUAAGCCAAAGAAUGUGUUAUCAAUCAAAUAUAACCUUGUUGAAUCUAGUGCUGACUCUGACAAGAAAUCAGUGGGGCACUUUGCUUCACUGUGCAAAAAUAAAAAGAAGAAAAAUCUGAAAUCGAGUGGAGGGAACAAGGGUCAGGCUCAUCUGGCUGAGAAUGAGGAUGAAGAUGUCAUCACUGAAGUUGUCUCUGAAGUCAACUUGGUUGAGAACAACACUGAAUGGAUUGUAGACACUGGUGCAUCUAGACACUUCUGUGCUAACAAGGACCUGUUUGUCGGUAUGGAAGAGGCAAAGGAAGAUAAACAAGUCUACAUGGGAAAUUCAAGCAGCUCUGAGGUACUUGGGAAGGGCAAAGUGGUUUUGAAGCUGACUUCAGGGAAGACCUUGGCUCUACAUAAUGUGUUGUAUGUUCCUUCUCUUCAUAAAAAAAUUUAA